AGCGCCGCAUCCGCACACAUCCUGUACACAUACAUGUUUGGCUUCGGCAUGUACACGACGCUGGGUUCCUUUAGCAAAUUCCGCCACAGUGUCGUAAGAGACGUCUUGGCGGUGACUGCGGCUUCCGUUCUGAUGGACAUAUUCUCGGCAAUAACAGUCUGGUCCAUCAUUGGAUAUCUAAUUCAUAAAUCGGGAAUUCCAGCGUUCGAGGCAGCUUAUGCAGGAGGUGGUACCCUGAGCUACGGAACUCUACCCCAAGCGUUCUCUAUGAUGUCUCAGCCCAUGCUUUGGUCGUCCUUGUUCUCUCUGACCAUGUUUCUCCUCUCUAUAUCCACGUUCAUCGUGUUCAUCCACGUGUUGGUAGAACUCUUAUCAACUGCCUUCCGCCGGUGGUGCCAGAAGCGGUGGCUGCUGGUUCUCGUCGUGUGCAUCCUCGGCUUCCUUUUCUCCCUCGUGUAUUGCUCCUCGGUCGGAUACAGUUGGUUGACCUUUGUUGACAAUUUCGCUGCCCUUUUCACGCCCCUCGUAGUCUGCGGCCUUGAGGUUGUCAUCUUUGUUUACCUUUAUGGUGCGGGCUAUCUCGCGAGGGAUAUGGAGAUGCUGAGCAACAGUUUUGUGUCCUAUUACUGUUACUUCACCUGGAUUGCUACUGUGCCUCUGUUCCUGCUGUUAGUUUUGAAAAAACAUGUGUUCAGUCUCAUUAGAGUAAGCGAGUACUUCGGCUUCGAAGGAGGAGCGUAUUUCUUCGCCAUCUCGUCCACGCUGGCCAUCCCUGUCUACAGUCUCUUCUACGUCUUCCGUAACGACUGUUGCAAGAAAUUGAAGUGGAAGGCGACGCCGUGGGGACCGAAGAAGCCGAGCGACAGAGCAGCUUGGGAGCGCUUCUGCAACGAGCAUCCUGUGCGCCGGAGCCUCGUCCAUCGGAGGUUCUAGAUGAACCCUCGCCCGCUGACCAUUCGGGAAAAAGGUUCCUUGUCAUUUGAACCUUCUGGAAGAUGAGGCUCAUGUCCCGAAAUUUCUAGAGGGUGAGCCUAAGCAUGUCAAAAAGGAAUGUUAUGAAUAAAUAAAGAUAUA